UUGUAUUAUUGAUAGCAUGUUGUAAGGCGACUUGAUUGUUUUGUAGCUAAACGCAAUUUUUAUCGAAACGCAAAGUUGAAUACGUGAGCAUAUAAAUAAAUCGGCAAUUGCGUUAACUUAAACAGUCGGCCAAAAUUGAGAAAGUUUAGAAAUUUUAAAAGAAAGUAAUAUAUAAUAUAUAUGAGAACAAUGAUGACGGAAAAGUUAAAUUCUGGGCACACUAUUUUAACAAGCAAAGGGCAUAUAAAUGAUCUUCAAAUUGCUGGGAACACUAGUGACGAUAUGGGCUGGAAAUCGAAGCUGAAGCUGCCGCCAAAGGACAACCGAUUCAAAACAACCGAUGUGACCGACACGCGAGGUAACGAGUUUGAGGAGUUUUGCCUUAAAAGAGAACUGCUGAUGGGUAUUUUCGAGAAGGGUUGGGAGCGCCCUUCGCCAAUUCAGGAAGCAGCUAUUCCUAUAGCUUUAAGUGGCAAAGAUGUACUGGCCAGGGCAAAGAAUGGUACAGGCAAAACCGGAGCGUACUGCAUCCCAGUUUUAGAACAAAUCGAUCCAAAGAAGGACUACAUUCAGGCCUUGGUUAUGGUGCCCACCCGAGAGUUGGCUCUACAAACCUCACAGAUCUGUAUUGAGUUAGCGAAACAUCUGGAUAUCCGGGUAAUGGUCACAACGGGAGGCACCAUUCUCAAGGAUGACAUUCUUCGUAUAUAUCAAAAAGUACAAUUAAUUAUCGCGACUCCUGGACGAAUAUUAGAUUUGAUGGACAAGAAAGUUGCCGAUAUGUCGCAUUGCAGGAUAUUAGUUUUGGAUGAGGCCGAUAAGCUAUUGUCUCUUGAUUUUCAAGGCAUGCUGGAUCAUGUUAUUUUAAAGCUACCAAAGGAUCCACAGAUCUUGCUAUUUUCCGCAACAUUUCCAUUGACCGUCAAGAAUUUUAUGGAGAAGCAUUUACGCGAGCCUUACGAAAUUAACCUGAUGGAGGAGCUAACGCUGAAGGGUGUCACUCAGUACUAUGCAUUCGUGCAGGAGCGCCAAAAAGUACAUUGCUUAAAUACAUUGUUUUCAAAGCUGCAGAUCAACCAAUCUAUUAUAUUCUGCAAUUCCACGCAACGUGUCGAAUUGUUGGCUAAGAAGAUCACCGAGCUCGGCUAUUGUUGCUACUACAUACAUGCCAAAAUGGCUCAGGCGCACAGAAACCGAGUCUUUCACGAUUUCCGUCAGGGACUGUGCCGGAAUCUGGUCUGUUCCGAUCUGUUCACCCGCGGCAUAGACGUCCAGGCCGUGAAUGUGGUCAUCAAUUUCGAUUUCCCGCGAAUGGCGGAGACCUACUUGCAUCGAAUUGGUCGCUCGGGACGAUUUGGACAUUUGGGUAUUGCCAUAAAUCUGAUAACGUACGAGGAUAGGUUUGAUCUGCAUCGAAUUGAAAAGGAACUUGGCACCGAAAUAAAGCCUAUUCCGAAGGUGAUUGACCCCGCUCUGUAUGUUGCUAACGUUGGCGCAGCAACCGCUGGCGAAACUGGCAACAACAGUGAUCUAAAUAAUUCGGCAAACGAGGAAGGCAAUGUUAGCAAAUAAAAGAUGCGAAAAAAAAACAAAACCAUGUGGAUGCACGCAGCAACUGUAAUACUAGGAUCUGAAGUAGAGUAAAAUCAAUGAAAUCGAUAAAAGCAGGAUGAAAUAUUUCAGAAAACCAAAUUGUAUUAAAACUCAAUAAUAAAUUCUGAAUGUUCGCCUA